ACGACCGCUUCUUCUGGCGUCUUCCCUUCGCAUGCUUUCCGACUUUCGCUUGCAAGACUCCUAGUUGAUAUUAAUCAUACGCCAUACUGGUGCUCUCUUUUUGAUCCUUUUUUGUUCGACUUCUUGACUUUUCUGCGACUCGUCAGGUUAAUACCCAUUUUUUGCGACAUUUUGCUAUUCGACACACUAAUCGGCAAUGAAUCGUGCUCCCCAUUUGGCAUCCUGAGCUAUUCAUACUUCAAUCCACUUUUCCCCCUGACAUUACGGUCCAGAUACGUUUUCUUGUUGUCAACACUACGAUACACUUAGUCAUAAUUCGCUCUGAGGAUAUCCUCUCUAAUUUAAUACUCGACCACCGACAAUCAUCGACACACUUCCCUAAAAUACGAAAUUCCCAAGUCAGAAGGAUGGCCGAGACGGCGACUCAGUGCCUUCACGAACCAACAACCGCGAAUAUCCCAGGUCGCGGUGCGACGAUUAGUAUUCCUUCUCCUUCCGCGAUGGCAGCGCCCGCGAGUUCCCAAGUCAGUCGUUUACGAAGCCAAUUUUCUUUACCAUCAACGAGCCCAGUCAACCAGAAUGGAAGCUUCGAGUUCGAUCGCGUUCUUAAGUCCGGAUACCUCCAGAAGCGGACCCAGAAGACCAAGGCUUGGAAGUCAGUCUAUCUGGUUCUCAGACCCAGCGCCCUCUCCAUCUACAAGUCAGACAAUGAGAGCAAAUUGCGUCAUAUGAUAUACACCUCUGAACUUUCGGCUGUUACGCUCCUUAAGGACCCAAAGAAUAAACGCCACCACCUCUUUGGCCUAUUCUCGCCGGCGAGGAAUUAUCACUUCGAGGCCCCGAACUCGAAAGAAGCGCAAGAAUGGAUAGACCUAAUUCGAAAGGACGCGAGAAUAGAGGAAGAGGAGGAGGAGAUGUUCCUAACUAGCCCCAUUGUGCGCCGGCAGACCUUCGCUCCCGUUAGCAUGCUGCAGAAUGGAUCAGCAGCAACGCGAAGUCAGCUAUUGGACGGUGACAGACCGUUAUCAAGCUCACCGGAACCCAUCGAUCCGACCGCAACAAGGUCCAUCCCCUCAACCGGGAAACGAUUAUCAUACCACGAUUACUCUGGACUCUCUGGAAAUGAACUGGCUUCGCAUUCAGACAUGUCGGACAACGAAGGCCAACGAGUCCACGGUGCCUCCAUUGAAAGUCUUACAGCUCGUUCACCCGCCGCGUCAGGAACGAAGAUAGAAUCUGGUUCUAACGAUCGCCCAAUGAUGAGGAAUCGAAACGCAAGUCAACUGAGCGGCCUUAAUUUCGAGAGCGACCCGGAUCGUAUUGUCUGGCAAGGCUGGCUUUGGCUUCUCAACAGCAAGCGCGGCGUUAAGCAAUGGAAGAGUCGAUGGGCAGUCCUCCGACCGCGGAAUUUAAUCCUUUAUAAGGACGAGUCCGAAUAUAAGGCUUCUUUCAUCCUGUCUCUAUCGGCUAUUGUAAAUGUGGUGGACAUCGAUGCGAUCAGCAAAACGAAGAAGCACUGCUUCCAGAUUAUCACGGAUGAGAAGACCUACCGAUGCUGCGCCCGCGACGAGGAGACGCUGGUACAUUGCUUGGGGGCGUUUAAAAGCCUCUUGGCUAAGCGUAGAGAAUUGGAAGCUCGCGUAGCUGCAUCGGGGAACGUGGCAGCUCAGACAGCUCAAUGACGAAUGAGGGUGAUAUCACCCCAAGAAAGUCGUUGUUUUUUUUCGUGAUACCCCCUGGGAGCAUAUAGGUAGAUGGAGCCGCAGCUGGAACGUGGGACGGUCAGCACGCAGGCGAUGCGUGUUCUGUACUACGUGCCUUACUGCCGUAGCACAAACCAAAUAGAGGCAGUGAGAGACUGGCGCAAG